AUGUGCGAACCCAUUCGCACCGCAGGGCAGUGGACCAGCGCCAAGGAGCCACACCUCCACUCCACUCGCUCACACACAAACCCCACAGAGGCCGCAGUGGAGUGGUCCAGCAACACAAAGUGUCCUUCCCCCUCACAGUGCACACACACAAUGACAGUCUCACAUGCUCAUGUCAGAGAGGCACUGCGGCAUUCACUAAAAUACACACUAAGUCACACACCUACAGAUAGGAAAAGAAAAACCCAAGAAAACAACAACAACAGGAUACCAACAGCACACAAAGCACUCACAAUACAAUAA